AUGCCCAGGCGGAUCAUGGCACUUCUCUCUCGGUGGAGCUCGCGUGUUUCCUCCGUGGAUGUGGACGGAGAAGCGGUUUACUUUAAAAUCCCCGACAACCGACCCGGAACAUCGGGGAAAGAAAUGCAGCGCUUGUUUGGUCAUGUGCAAAAGGAUGUGAAGUGUUAUUCUUUGCUCGUUUCCAGCGGGGACGCAAUCCACAGCGCCAGGUUUCACUGGGGACUCAAAGACAAGCUGCUAAAAGAUCUUCCUCCCCAGUGUCGUUUAUUUCCGAUGUCCUCGUUUCUACCUAACGUCAAAGAUUCCCUCAUACGUGGCUAUUUCUUACAAGCUGCUUCCCCUGAGAGCUCCGACACUACAGAGCAACUUUUACGACAGUGGCUGCAGCAUGAAGACCCCUUAUUGGUGUGUUCAUACUCUCGUGUAAAUGAGGAGGACACUCCACGUCCACGGUGGAUUCAGAACCUGUGGAACGACGAACAGAAUCAUGACAUAGUACUGACAGAAGCGCCACAGUAUCACCCGGCAACGCUCAACCUGAUAAACAACGACGUUUUUUACAGUUUCCAAGAGGCCCGUGAUGUCUUAAAGAAGUGCGCUGACAUCAUUCCGGAGGCGGCAUCUGUACUGGAGCAGCUGCCUCGCAGCGGUGGCAUGGAAGCCAGAAGCAAACCAGACGUCCCUGUUAUUGUCUUAGAAGGCCUGGAUGCCACAGGUAAAACCACAUUGGCUGAGUCUCUCAGGGAUGUACUGGGGGCCACUCUUCUGCGUUCCCCUCCGCAGUGUCUCUCACCCUGGAGGGCCCGCUUUGAUCAGGAGCCUCCUAUCCUCCGCAGGGCUUUCUACGCACUGGGCAACUAUAUCACAGCGCACCAAAUUUGCAGCCAAACUUCUGAGACACCUGUCAUCAUUGACAGGUUCUGGCACAGCACAGCUGCCUACGCCAUCGCUACAGCCGUUAACGGUCCAGUGUGUAACCUCCCAGCAGAGGGCUCCGAGCUCUACCGCUGGCCCACUGACCUUCUCCAUCCCAGUCUGGUUGUCCUUCUUACACUGGACCCUGAGGAGAGGAAGAGGAGGCUAAGAGACAGAGGUCAAGGGGAGACCAAAGAGGAGCAUGAGCUGGAUCACAACCGACUGUUCCGACUCAGAGUGGAGAAGGCUUACGGGAGGAUCAGUGGUCCAACGUGCAUCAGCGUGGACGCCAGCUCCUCUGCACAGCAAGUGCUCCAACAAGUGCUGCUUUUAAUUAAGGCCAAAUGCCACUUGUAA